GGGCUCUGUACUAUUUUAGUCUGUUUGUCUCCAACAGACCUUCCUCAUUUCUGUGAAGGGUGUGGUUUAAAGAUAGUCAGGAAUUUGAAGUACCUCAGAUCUUCCUGGUGCCACUGUUUGGAGCUCCACGGGAGUAGCUUUUCACCACAGGAUUGGCUCUCCCACAGCAGGAUGUGUGUAUUAGUCACACAGUCAGAGAGCCACAGUCAAACAGGGUGUCGAAGGCAUUAGAGUUCCCUAAGUGAUGCAGGAACUUCUGCCAUCUCGCUGGUUGUGUUGUAUAACUGCCGCUGUAUGAUUACUGCUAAGUCUGAGGUGCACAAGGCGUUUACAUUUCACAUUUGUGAAAGGAUUUCCUCCAGUAGUAAUAUGACCAUUUUAGAAUGAUACAUAAGAUAGAGAAGGCCUGAGUGCUGAGCUCUCUCAGAUUUUAAACCCAGUCCAUGAUGGUGCAUCCUGUGAAACGUCAGCAAUAAUUACUCCUUUCCGAAAGUUAAUUUUGUGUGCUGAAAACCGUAAGGAAAUGGAAGACUGGAUUGCAGUAAUGAAAAUGAUCCAAAACAGGGAUCACUUUGAGUCAACCCAAUACAGUAUGGACCAUUUCUCAGGAAUGCACAACUGGUACGCUUGCUCGCACGCACGGCCUACUUAUUGCAACGUCUGCCGAGAAGCUCUGUCCGGUGUCACAUCUCAUGGAUUGUCCUGCGAAGUAUGUAAGUUCAAAGCUCACAAACGCUGUGCUGUGAGAGCCACCAACAACUGCAAGUGGACAACGCUGGCCUCAAUUGCCAAAGAUAUAAUUGAAGAUGAAGAUGGGGUCUCAAUGCCACACCAGUGGUUAGAAGGUAACUUGCCUGUCAGUGCAAAAUGUACUGUCUGUGACAAGACGUGUGGAAGUGUGUUGCGCCUGCAGGAUUGGCGAUGCCUGUGGUGUAAGGCGAUGGUGCACACAGCUUGUAAAGACAUGCUUUCCAUCAAAUGUCCUUUGGGGCAGUGUAAAGUUUCUGUUAUUCCUCCAACUGCACUCAACAGUAUAGACUCUGAUGGAUUUUGGAAAGCAACAUGCCCACCAUCCUGUACGAGUCCCCUUCUGGUCUUUGUGAAUUCGAAGAGUGGAGAUAAUCAAGGGGUGAAGUUCUUGAGGAGAUUCAAGCAGUUACUGAACCCGGCUCAGGUGUUUGACUUGAUGAAUGGAGGCCCACAUCUUGGUUUGCGAUUAUUCCAGAAGUUUGAUACAUUUCGCAUCCUUGUGUGUGGCGGAGAUGGGAGUGUUGGAUGGGUGCUGUCUGAAAUCGAUAGCCUCAAUCUCCACAAACAGUGCCAGAUGGGAGUACUACCUUUGGGCACAGGGAAUGACUUAGCACGAGUGCUGGGAUGGGGAUCAGCCUGUGAUGAUGACACGCAACUUCCACAAAUCCUGGAGAAACUGGAACGAGCAAGUACAAAAAUGCUGGAUCGAUGGGGUAUCAUGGUUUAUGAAACAAAACUCCCUCGGCAUCCCUCCUCUUCAAUAGGAACAGAAGAUUUCUGUGAUGAUUUAGAGGUGCAGCAGAUUUCAUCUUAUGAGGAUUCAGUUGCAGCACAUUUGUCCAAAAUCCUGACAUCAGAUCAGCAUUCGGUGGUAAUAUCAUCAGCAAAAGUGCUUUGUGAAACAGUUAAAGAUUUUGUGGCCCGGGUUGGGAAGGCAUAUGAAAGGACAACAGAGAACAGGGAAGAAUCUGAGACCAUGGCAAGAAAGUGCUCUGUCCUUAAUGAAAAACUGGACUCGCUGCUCAAAACACUCAGUGACGAAUCUCAGGCAAUAUCCUCUCUACCAAACCCACCGCCAACAAUUGCAGAGGAGCAGGAAGAUGGCGAGACAGCCAACAUCAUGUGCGACAUUGCCGAUGAAAGACCAGCCUGCUCACCCAGGCCACAGAUCUUCCGGCCCAGGGAGCAAUUAAUGUUGCGGGCAAAUAGUUUGAAGAAAGCAAUACGACAGAUCAUAGAACAUGCUGAAAAAGCUGUUGAUGAACAGAACGCACAGACACAAGACCAAGAAGGUUAUAACUUUGGUGUUUGCUCUGAAGAAGAAGGAAAAGACACCCAAAACGAAGACAAAAUCUCUCUGCACUCCUCAUAUAGCACCAACAUUAAAGGAAGGAUCAACAGGAAAGUGCCAAAGUCUCCAUGUGAGAGGAGGAUCAGUAAAGGAAACCUGUCCAUUGGGAGUUCCUCUUCACUUCCCACUCCAACAGGAAAUCGAGACAAUUUGCCAAUGUUAAACUCCAAGAUUCUUUAUCCAAGUUUACGAGCUGGAUUAGCUGCUUCCUUGGCUGGAGGAUCUGUCAUCAGCAAAAUGUUAUUUGUCCAUGCUGACUCUGUAAACUCGGAACCUGAUGCUCUGUAUGUACUAAAUGGGUACAUGGAAAAAUGUGUCAUGAACAAUUACUUUGGGAUUGGAUUGGAUGCAAAAAUAUCCCUAGAUUUCAACAACAAGCGUGACGAACAUCCAGAAAAAUGCAGGAGUCGGACAAAAAAUAUGAUGUGGUAUGGGGUUCUUGGAACCAAGGAGCUGCUACACAGAACGUACAAAAACCUGGAGCAGAAAGUACUAUUAGAGUGUGAUGGACAGCGCAUUCUCCUGCCUAGCCUGCAGGGUAUUGCAGUGCUAAACAUCCCCAGCUAUGCUGGUGGUACCAACUUUUGGGGUGGAACCAAGGAAGACGAUAUAUUCACAGCCCCUUCUUUUGAUGAUAAGAUAUUGGAAGUAGUGGCUGUAUUUGGAAGCAUGCAAAUGGCAGUUUCACGAGUCAUCAAUUUACAACAUCAUCGAAUUACUCAAUGCCGUUCAGUAAAGAUUACAAUCCUCGGUGAUGAAGGAGUCCCGGUACAAGUGGAUGGGGAAGCUUGGAUCCAACCCCCUGGCUACAUCAAAAUAAUUCACAAGAAUCGUGCACAGAUGUUGACUAGAGACCGGGCUUUUGAGAAUACACUGAAGUCUUGGGAAGAUAAGCAAAAAUGUGAACUGCCUCGUCCAUCAUCACAGCACGCCUUGCAACCCGAGACAGUUUCAGAAGAGGAAGCUGCCGAGAUCAAUCAGUUUGGCCGAGCGGCUGGAACGCUCAUCCAUCAGAUUCGGGAGACAGCACAGCUUCAUCACACCAUGGAACAAGAGCUUGCACAUGCGGUAAAUGCCAGUGCCAAAUCAAUGGAUAAAGUUUAUGCAAAGUCAAAAACAACAGAGGGUUUGAGUUGCAGUCUGGUGAUGGAAAUGGUGAACAAUGGCAAAGCCCUGCACAAUGAGACCGAGCUGCUGCUGGCAGGCAAAAUGUCACUGCAGUUGGAUCCCCCUCAGAAGGACGAGCUCACUGGAGCCCUGGCUAACGUGGACCUUCAGCUUCGUAAACUGGCAGAAAUCCCCUGGCUGUGUCAGCUCAUCGAACCAAGUGAUGAUGAGGGCCAGUUGUUGGAAUAUUCCAAACGCACUCGUAGUGCCAAGUUCCGCCUUGUGUCAAAGAUAAAAAAAGAGAAAAAUAACAAGAAUAAGGAAACCAGAGGGAAUAUGGGUUUGCCAGUGCAUCAGUGGGGUACUGAGGAGGUGGCGGCCUGGUUAGAGCAUCUUAGCCUGUUCGAAUACAGAGACAUCUUCAUCGGACACGACAUCCGUGGCUCAGAGCUCUUGCAUCUGGAGAGGCGAGAUCUGAAGGACUUGGGGAUAACAAGAGUGGGUCACAUGAAGCGGAUCCUACAUGGGAUCAAGGAGUUGAGCCGGAAUACACCUGUCAGCGAAGUAUGAUGUACGUGUUCAGCUCUUGUGUAUACAGAGCUACCUAAGCCUCCAGCCCGUUGAAUAGAGGAUGAGAGCGGCUAGCCUUUGGCCGUACGCGUUUGCCUCGCCUUCAGUUAAUUAGAAAGUGUGGCUUUGGAGAAUCUAACCAAUAUCGAAGUUAUAAGGGACUUCGUACUCAAUCUCACGGCCAAAGGAAAAUGGGAGCAAGUUUUAAGCAAUCAAAAUAAUGCUGGAUUCAAGGUUUAAAAAAACGUCAACUCGAAAUGGAAGUUACCUCAAGCACGGUAUCCAUGGCAACGAGUUGGAAUUAUUACUCGUAAAGUUAGCUCGGAGUAAAAUUGUGUGGUUGGUGUAAAAUUCAGUAGUGAUCCCAAUGAAGUGGGAUUAUGCCUCGUCGACAAAGGAAUGUUCUGCACAACAGUGACCUAACCUCAAAAACUCCUUUACGAAAGGGACGAAGCAUCUCUUUCAUUUAAAAACAAUAUAUGGCCUAAUGAAACUGUAACUAUGGAUUGUGUGGGGCCCUACAUCAUUUUCAGAAUCUGGAAUCUGUAAGGAGGCCUUUUACAGAACAUCAACUUGAAGAAACUGGGAAUGCAGUGACAGUGUCUCCCUGUAUAGGUUGCCUUCAAAGCUCCUGCCAUUAAUGCGUUGUUUUCUAUUGCCUAAACGAAAAAAAAACCAUAUGUGAACUUUAGAGUAUAAUUAUGUAGGAGCUUGGGUACAUGCUCAUACUCCCAACAGUGGAGCUUUAAGUGCAACACUGCCAACAGGCAUCUUCUAGGCCCAGCCUUACUCUUUGGAACACACCCUGGAUUAUAUCAUUCUGGAGUAUUAAAGAUAUAUGAGAAUCAGUCCUGGUAUGUCUGGGAAGUAAAGAAAUCAGUCCUGGGGUGACUGGAACGCGUGAGACUAAUUUCAGAAGUGUUUGCAAUGUGUGAGAGUCAUUUCAGAAGCAUUUGGGAUGUAUGAGAAUGUCCUUAAAAAUAAUAGUACUUUUUACAACAAUUUUGACACUCAAGAUGCCAAAAAGCAUAGAGCCCAUAAUUCUGAGGUAUAUUAUUUAUUUUAUAUUGAAAACCGCAAUAGCAACAUCCCACAAAUAGACAUUGAUAAUAACCACAUUAAAAAUAUUAGUCAUGUCUAUGGAGCAUAAAUGUCCACUAUCUACUCCAUAUAAAGUUAUGGAAUUGUUCGUAUCCAAUUAUGAGGGCACACUUGGUUUUCAUCUCAUUUGAAAUAUACCCUCUCUGAUAGUGCAGCAGUCUUAGUAUGGUCAGAGUGCAAUCUACUGAGCCACAGUUGAUACCUGGAGAGUAUGGAAUGUGGUAGAGUGAAUGCUAAAUCAUGUGAUGUAUGAGAGUGAAUCCUGGAAUGUGUGAGAGUGAAUUAAGCAGAGAUUUUAUUAUGUGCAGUCAUGGACUGGCUGUUGUCCUGUCUCAGUGGCGAAGCUAAUAAAGCUGUUGCCACACAGUGCCAGAGACCGGGGUUCAAUCCUGACCUCGAGUGUUGUUUAUUCUCUCUGUGACCCUGUGAGUUUCUUCCAGGCGUGCGGUUGAGUAAAUUGACCAUAGUUACAGAUGUGAUAGAAUCUGGAUGGGAGUUGAUGAGAAAGUGAAUAUUUUUUUCUUAAAUGGGAUUAAUAUAUGAUAAGCGUAAGUGGAUAGUUGAAGUCGUUGCUAUAUCACUGUGAGUCAUCUCACACCCUGUACAUCCCAUAGGGUUGUAAUUCUUUUGCCAAUUUAAAAAAUCAUUGUGAUUUGGAAGAAAACAAGUUGACCAAGCUGAUAGGUUGACCUAAGUUGUAGAUCAUAAUGCAAUUCCUUCAAGACUUGUUUGCCAAAUGCCUUUUUUAUGUUUGAUCUACUGGUUUUGCACAUCCCUUGAAGAAUGCUUAGAAGAAUGAAGCCGAUAAAGGCCUGAUUUCAGGAUCAAUGAGACAUUGUACCCAAUUCAAUUAACUGCUGGUCUUCCUGGCCUAUUCUCUAUCUUUCUCUUUAACAAGUAUUUACUUAGCAUCUAAUUCUCUAUCCAUGUUUUUGGUCUCUACCUAGUAUCAUGUUUCUAUUAAUUGAUAUUCAUUUGCAGACAUGCCUUUCAUGCACCUUGCCUCAUUUUUUCCGCCUUACAGCCAUGUUUUAAAUGCAAGUUGAAUUCUUGAAUGGUACCUCCCUUUAGCAUUGUCCAGCAUAAGCAUUCCCAGCACACCAAUCUCUGUCCCAUACCCCGGUCUGUUUAAACUAGUAAUCAUUAUGAUUACAGCAUUUUAGCUCCUGUGCAUAGAUAUUUUUGCUAUAGUGCAUUACUCAGAACUGAACGUAGAUCUAGACCCCCAUAGUUUACUGACUCUCCGCGUGCUCUGAUUUCCUCCCCAUUAUCCCAAAGGCAUAUUGAUAGGCUAAUUGGCAAUUGUAAACUAUUCCUUAUCGUGAAUAAAUGACAAAAUAAUCAGAGCAGUCGAUGAAUAUAUGAAACAGAAUAAAUUGCAGGGACACAGGGAAAUAAGGAGAGGAUGAAUGGGAUAGUUCCAUUGGGAGCAGACAGCCAGCAGACAGCAGAUGGACCGAAUGGCCUGUUAUGUAAAAAGUAGGAAUAUUGGCAGGGUGGAAGGGGUAGUUCACAAGUCAUCUGGGGAAAGGUAACUUUUAUGUGUUAACACAGGCUGUUGUUGAAAACAAAUAGUAACAUUUAUUUCCCUGAUGUAUUUUUAAAUGCCCUUUUUAAAAGAUGGUCAUAGAGUCUUAGAAUCAUGCAGCAAUGAAGCAGGCUCUUUGGCCCAACUUUUACAUGCAGACAAAAAUACCACAUCUAAGCUAGUCCCAUUUGCCCAUGUUUGGUCCAUAUCUUUUAGUUCCAUUUAGUUUUUUAUUGUCCUAUCCACAAUGGUGUUGAAGGUCAACCUAUUUUUCCUGUUUUUGGAGAAUCCAUGUUGACCACUUUCAGCCCAAAUCAAGAGAUAAAUCUUGAGGAAAACACAAAUGUAUAUCGGAGACAUUGGAGAAAUUGAGGUAGUGUUAUGGAGAGGAAGGCUUAAUUGAAGUAUAAUAGUGUUACUACAGCAACAAGUAAAACAAAUAAGUCCAGUAAUGGAGGUUUAUUGACUAUUAAAUGAAGAUAUUGGGUUGCUUUCUUCUCCAUGAUCCUGCCCAAAAUAACAUGGGAUAGCAAUAAAGAAUGAGACGGGAUCUGAUAGACGUGAAAUUAUGUCACGUAAUUUCAUUCAUAAUUAUAUGAAUUAUGUCAACUAUUCUCAAAUUUCAUCUCUGUGGCCACUAUUAGCUGCCGUUAUCCAUCACAUGCAGAUUAUGGUGGGCAUGUUAGAUACCAGGAUCGCUGGAAUUUCUUUGAAUCUAUAUGUCAUCCUCAAUGAGAAAGAACUGAAGGCUUGACAAAAGUUCUAUAAUGGCCUUGACUUUCCUCAAGGCAAAGCAACCUCAACUUCUCUGUCCUCCAAUUACUUCCAAUUGAGUUACUUUUUGCGAAGCACAUUGCAUUUAUUUGUGGGCAAGAGCUCAUUAUACAUAUCAAGUAAACCACAAACCUAUAAAAUUAUUUGAGAUCAGGGAAAUGUGAAGAGCAAUACCUCUACUAGAGAGGAGGAAAUAAAAGAUCUUCUAUUAGUAAGAAGAGUUAAAAAGAAAAAUGAAGAAACAUGGUACUUUAAUCAAGUGAGAGAGAUACGCAAAGUAUCAACCAUCUUGUUUUGAGACCUUAAAUUUUGGUGCAGUGGAACCUGUGGAGUUACACCCUAUGUCUGGAAAAUACAUUGGUAGUUACGUUUCACAACAAACUAUUGACAUUUAUAGUGACUAGAGCUCCAUUUAGUGGAAUACUGUGGGUUUCUGUCGAAAACAGUCCGCAAAUCCCUUUGAAAGAAAUAGUCUCUCUGAGACUGAUGACUGCCUUUAGAGAGAGAUUUUGCUCUUUUUCUUUAAAGAUAGAUCAUAACUUUAUUCAAAAUACUUGACUAAUGGUUGCAACGUUAUGUAUAAAAGUAUAAUAGAUCUGUUUAAUGGGAGACUAUGGUUCCCUAUUUGAAAGUAUUGGCACUGUUUGAAGAGAGCUGCUCCACAGUGUUAAUAUUUCUAGGUUGGCCUAAUGAUUAUUGCAAUCAGAAUUAUCUGACUGCUCGCAAGAGACAAGGUUUCACUGCACCCACUGACUCAUCAAGUCAUAGUUCCUUGUUACUAAACUUGUUCUCCCUUGGGAGAGCAGAAAGUGCAUUGUCUUUUUUGGUUCUAUCUUUUGCCUUGUCAUGAGGUCGACAUAUUGUAUUUAUUCUUAAUUUAUAUAUAAAUAUGGCUGUGACUGUAUUUUUGUACAUAUUAAUUGUCAAUCAAUGUACAUAUUUUGUGUAAAUACAGUGGGAUUGGAUCCAAUCUUCCAGUAAAAUGUUUUUUUCUUAUGUUCCUGUUGCUUCGAAUUUUUUGCAAGUUUUGUAUGGUACGUUGUGAUAAGCAAGUGAAUAUCUACCCCAUGCUUCUUUUUUUGUUAUUUGAAAUACAUUUUGGCAGGAACUACAUUGGAAAGGUAACCAGGAAUCCAUGUGCCACCUGUUGCAGAGUCACCAUGCAAGAAUAUAUUGUUUCAUUCCAAUAUUUGAAAGAGAAUGCUAACCGAUAAUGCUACUCCACUCACUCAACCCUGCACUCACACACACGAUCAACCAUUCCUGAGCUUACACACUUAUUGCCCCUCUACUCACUACCGAUGUCGUCCAGGAUCUCUCUGGUCUGUGAGCUGUUUGGUGUCGAAUGUCUUUCUCAGGUUGAAAUCUGAAGAACAAGUUUAUUCUCACUGACAUGUAAACUGAAAGACAACUAAUCAACCCUGCAAAGUUAAUAAAAUGACAACAAAUCUUUUACCUUGGAGUAUGGUCCAAAGCAGAAACAAAAUAUGUUCUUAAUUGAUGUGAAGUCAAGCAAGAUGUAACUGAUCUUAAACUGAAAGUCAAGUUGGGACAGUAGUGAGGAGCUUAAAUUUCCAUUUGAUUAUCUUGAUUCUUUCCUCUGAAAUGAAAGUGCUUCACAUUAAAAGAUCAAUUAAGAUUGCCUUAUUCAAGAACUUAAGGGACAGUCUGGGUGUAAUGAUUCAAGCAGGUUUCAAGGAUUCGAAUCA